AUGGGAGAUGAGGAGGAAGAAGAAGAGGAUGCGCCUCAAGAAGAUGCUUGGAAAUUCUCCAGACUACAUAACCAAAACCAGAUCGAUGUAGACAACACGACUAGAACAUUUCGAGAAUAUGGAGAUGGUUCCGAUGAAGAAGCUAAUAAGAAGCAUCUUGGAA